AUGUCUUUAGCUUUACCAGUUGGUGCAGUUAUGAAUUGUGCUGAUAACUCUGGUGCCAGAAACUUGUACGUUUUAGCCGUCAAAGGUACUGGUGCUAGAUUAAACAGAUUACCAGCUGCUGCUGCUGGUGAUAUGGUUAUGGCCACUGUUAAAAAAGGUAAACCAGAAUUAAGAAAGAAAGUCAUGCCAGCUAUUGUUAUUAGACAAAGUAAACCAUGGAGAAGAAGAGAUGGUGUUUAUUUGUAUUUCGAAGAUAAUGCUGGUGUUAUUGUUAAUCCAAAAGGUGAAAUGAAAGGUAGUGCUAUUACUGGUCCAGUUGCUAAAGAAUGUGCUGAUUUAUGGCCACGUAUUGCUUCUAACUCUGGUGUUGUUGUUUAA